UCAUGGGAGUUUGACUCAAGUGCCCGAUCAGACCCGACAGCAAUUCAAAUUUGCGCUCCGACAUUCAUCCGCCAAUCAAACAAUCCAUUUUCCUGCUUUUCGAUAUGGCUGAAGACAACGCUGAACCAGGUUCUUAUACGGGCAUCGAUUCGCGCAAGCCACGCGACCCGAAUUUGGUGUUUAUGGAUGAGAAGGGAGGCUUAAAAUUCUGGGUCCAUCCAAGCCUCCCUGAAAGGCCAGAUAUCACUGAUCUAAUCAAGGUAUUUCCAUUUGCCUUAUACUCAUUCGUCCCUCCUGAUCGGUCAUCCAUUUUCUUAGCGCCAUGGUGGAAAAGUAGUGGAUAACCUUCGCCCUGCUUAUUUGGCCAUCACAGACGACGAGUUCUGUGACAAUAAAGAACUACGCGAAUAUCCUCU